GACUGGUAGCAUCCACAAUGCUCUGGCCCGUCACAACCGGCUCUUCCACGGUCUGUUCGUCGCAUCAGUGACUAUGGAUGUCCGAGCAGUGCUGGAGUUUGCCACAGUCACCAGGGGCCUGUCGCUGGUUUUACAGGCGGUCUUGAACGCAGCCAUCCCUGACCAUGAAGCUGAUGCGUUCAAGCCCCCGCGGACAGAGGAGCCUCUGUAUCUGGACUCUACAGUGGACUGGUUGCUGGGUGGCCUCUCUCACUGGGACGCGGAGCACUACCUCUUCAUCGCCGAGAGAGGAUACCUCUAUGAGCACAACUUUGCUUUCUUCCCCCUCUUCCCCGUGGUCCUGCGUGGCCUGGCAGAGACGCUGCUGUGGCCCCUGAGCGGCUGGCUGAGCGUGCGGGGCCGUCUGCUAGUGGCCGUGGCCCUGGGGAACAGUGCCCUCUUCCUGCUGAGUGUGGUCGCCCUGUACGCGCUCAGCAGGGUCGUCCUGCAGGACAGACGCCUCGCCCUGCUCUCCAGCCUCCUCUACUGCAUCACCCCUGCCAAUGUGUUCAUGACAGCUGGGUAUUCAGAGAGCCUGUUUGCCGCCCUCACGUUCGGGGGCCUCUUCCUCCUGGAGAAAGGUUUCACCUUCAGAGCCUGCUUGGCCCUCAGUAUAGCCACUGCAGCCCGAUCCAACGGACUUGUCAAUAUUGGAUUUCUACUGUAUCUACCAUCGCUGCACGCCAUCUCUCAGAUUCGUUUAUAUCGUACUACGUUAAAAGGCCACCUUAAAGUCUUCCACUACAUCUGGGUCAUCAUUCGUCUUCUGCUCACCUCCCUCUUGGGAACUGCGAUUAUUGUCCUUCCCUUCUGUGCGUUCCAGUACUAUGGGUAUAGGACGUUUUGCACACCCUCCAACUCCCUGGAGUUGAUCCCUCCAGCUCUUCUCUCAUUGGCCGAACGGAAGGGCUAUCGGUUUCCAGACGUAAACCGUCCACCGCCCCUGUGGUGCAUGAGACCCCUCCCAUUACUCUACUCUCACAUCCAAGACGUGUAUUGGGACGUCGGCUUCCUCCGUUACUUUGAGCUGAAACAGAUACCUAACUUUAUUCUGGCUCUACCUAUGGCUACCAUCGGCAUAAUGGCAGCAUAUGCAUAUUUUCUUGCUAAUCCAGAACUGUGUCUGAGACUUGGACUUUGGGAGACGGGUGCAGCUAAAGGGCUCGACAAACCCACACCGGGAAUGUUCAACCCCAAGGUGUUUGUGUAUAUUGUUCAUUCUACUGUACUCCUGGUGUUCGGAACCUUGUGCAUGCACGUGCAGGUUCUGACCCGAUUCAUGGCCUCGUCGUCUCCCGUGCCGUUCUGGAUAAGUGCUCACCUGCUCCUCCUCAAUGAGCCACUUCUUCAUCGAAGAAUAACGUCCAACCCCAACGUGCAUAUACAGACACACUCCAGAAACGGAUGCAAACAUACACCUCAGAACCCCAUCAUUGCACUGCUGCCACAUUUUAAAUCCUGCUCUCCCACCACACAGAGCAUCCUGGGAUACUUCCUCUCUUACUGGGUGCUGGGGCUCGCACUGCAUUGUAACUUCUUGCCAUGGACUUGACUUUCCACAUUACUCCGGGCUUUAAAUGCAAUAUUUCUGUUUAGGACUGGGUUUUUUAUCGUCAACACAUGUAUUUUAACAGUAUAACAUCAUCCAUAGUCCUUUUUUGUGUCAGUAAUUGUUCAAUUGUUCUGUACCUUCUUGAAUUAUAUUCAGACAUUACCAUUAAAAUAUAAGAACACACAAGAGCAAGAUUAAGUCAGUCAUGUUUAUUAAAAGAAAAAUGCAAUUAUUGUAAGUAAAUCCAAAGCAAAGAAAAGACCAAAACGCUUUUAUGUUUGUGUUGCCCAGUCCUACAUGUAACCGACACAAUGACAUUUUUUCAUGCUGAUUUAUAAAUGCAGAGGUGAAAAAAAGAUUUGCACAUCUUGAUCAAAUGUGAACUUUUGGUCAUAAAUCCUGGAAAGACUUUGGUUGUACUUAAAAAAUUCUGAUUCCUCCUGAAGCAGAUUUUAUUGACUAUUUAAUAUUGCACUGCAUGUUUGGAAGAAUAAUUCCAAGUUGUAGUUUGGGACUUUUGGAUGUGAAGGGGAAAAAAAAAUAAAGAUUUUGUGGCUGUAGAAUUUUCUGCAGUUUGGUUUUUCAUUUUCAAUAAUGUAAAACUUCUAUGUUGUGUUGUAGAGAACCUUAGUUGCCACAGAUGCACUGGAAAAUCAGUUUGAAAUUAAAAUAAAUGUGAUUAAUCCAAACCAAAAUGUAUUCAAACUCUUUAAAUGAACAUGUAGCAUUUCCUUAUUUUAAAACACUCCUUUCCGCACUGGGUAAACACUUUUCUUUGGUUGUUAACUUGCAAGUUAGAGUCUUACUUCUCGGCAGCAGGCACUGA